CGACACGUAUUUUACCCAUGAACUGCGUAAAUCGUGUUUUCUAUCACAAAUUGUCCAAAACUACAUCAUUAAAAGACUAUUCACUGCAUUGUUAAAUUCUUAUUUGGAAUGAAAAUGAAGAUUCCAAGCAAUCGUUCUGGGAACGAUUAUGGAAAUGAAACAGGGAUUAUCUCUUAUGUGGAUAAUAACUUUGAUUCUGAAAUCGAUGUACAAGGGACAGAAGAAAGUGACUUUUCUGAGUACCUAUGGAUGGAAAAUGAAGAAGAAUUUGAUAAAGAGGUGAUCCAACAAUUGAUGGAGGAAGAGCUAACAGAGGAAUGCUUAAAGGCAAUGUGGGAAGAUGAAAGGCAACAUGAACGAAAUACAAAUUCUAUUGCUUGGUCUACUGCUACAAGUGCACCAGAGAAUGGUGCUGAACUUUGUCAGCAGCUUAGUAAUCUAAAAAUGCACGAUGACCUUGCUAAACAGAGUACAUUAAAUCCAAAUGCAGCUGAAUUUGUUCCAGCAUUCAAGUCAGCAGUAACAUCUGUAAGUACACCACCAGAAGUUACUGCAGAAUCAUCAUAGAAGCCAUACAUUUGUUCUUUAUCUGAAUAAAACAUGGCUAUAUGUAUGGUUAAUAUUUACCACCUUCAGUAACACAGUUGUAUUAACUGAAUUGUAUUAAAAGUUAAAUGACUGUGACUUCAC